UCUUUGUAAACCUUUGACCUCGCCGAUGAGUAGCGACGUAUGGAAAAUGGCGGAGGUGAUGAACGUUGGUGUGAAUUUAGAGGCUUUUUCUCAAGCAAUAAGUGCAAUUCAGGCCCUUCGUUCUAGUGUAACUCGAGUGUUUGAUUCUUUGAAAGAUGGGAUGAAAAAUAAAGAGACUCUUGAAGGGCGAGAAAAAGUUUUUACCACUGAAUUUCAAGAUAAUCUGCAGUCGGUGAACCGAGACCUUAAUGAGUUGGAACGUCUUAGCAACCUGGUUGGUAGACCUUCAGAAAGCCAUCCCCUUCACAACAGUGGUCUGCUGAGUUUAGAUCCAGUUCAGGAUAAGACCCCUCUCUAUAGCCAGCUACUACAGGCAUACAAGUGGUCCAAUAAGUUGCAGUACCAUGCUGGCCUGGCAUCUAGCCUGCUAAACCAGCAAUCCCUCAAGCGUUCUGCUAAUCAAAUGGGAGCAUCUGCCAAGAGGCGGCCUAAAGUCCAACCAAGUGCCCUUGCCUUGCCUCCACAGUAUGUGGAUGAUGUUAUAUCAAGGAUUGGCAGAAUGUUUCCUGAUAUGACUAUUGAACUCUCCAGACCUAAUGGGACAUCAGCAGUGCUUCUGGUGACUCUAGGUAAAGUGCUGAAAGCCAUUCUGGUGAUGCGAAGUUUGUUUAUAGAUCGGACCAUUGUGAGGGCAUUCAAUGAGAAUGUGUACUCUGAGGAUGGCAAGUUGGACAUCUGGUCAAAGUCGAGCUAUCAAGUCUUUCAGAAGGUUACAGAUCAUGCCACUACUGCCCUACUACACUAUCAGCUUCCCCAAAUGCCUGAUGUGGUGGUACGUUCCUUCAUGACCUGGCUAAGAAGCUACAUCAAGCUUUUCCAGACACCAUGUCAGCGCUGUGGAAGAUUCUUGCAGGAUGGACUACCACCAACUUGGAGGGACUUCCGCACUCUGGAGGCUUCCCAUGAAACAUGCAGACAGUGAGGGCCUCUGGGCUCUUGUAGAAUGAUAAGGAGUAUUACCUGUCCAAGUUUUGUAUGGUCAUAUACUAUCAGUCAGCCAGAAUGUACCAAUUUAAUGGUCAAGGACUCUAUUGUAAUGAAGUUAUAUAUGUUAAAUGAUGGACUGUGUAAACAGAACUUAUUUGAAUAAUUGUAAUGAGUGGUUAGUGGUUUAUUCAGCAAGUCCCAUGUGGUUUAAUCUUGAUGAAUUCAAGAUUUUUUAAACGGCUCAGUUCUGGUCUAGUGCUGCAGCUCAUUUUGCAGAUUUGUAUUUUGUUUCUUCAUUUUUGUUUCUUCCUGUAUUUAAAUUGCUUUGACUUGCUCCAUAAGUGUAAUUUAAAAUAUUUAAAAAUUGGUUAAAAAAAGUUGCUUAAAGUCCUUAAAUGAUCCAGGAAUAAUCCGCAAUCUGAACGACAAUAGUAGGGAAGUUUGCUGUAGAAAACGUUAGUGUAAAAAUUUGUAUCUUGUAUUUGUAAUUUUUACUGUAAAUGCUUGUUGAAAGUCAUUAUAAAGUAGUUUAAUACUUGCUUA